GCACGCACCUUUCUGUUGGAAGUCUCUUUCCCUUCUUUUUCCACAAAUAAUCUCUCCUUGCGCGAACGAGUUCUGGCAUAUCACUCGGACAAGCGUCGCCUGAAUAAGCGUGUCUGAGGAUCCUGCAGAGCAGUCGCAGCAUUCAUCUUGGAGAGCACGAGGUGCAUUGCCCAGUUAUGAAGUGCCUAGUAGUCUUCGCUUUGGUUUUCUUCGUAUCCGUAGCAGCACGGAAGACGGCUACCAACACCCGAUUAGUGUACAAUGACUGGAGAUCCUGCAUGGUAGACAAGCUUCCUGAGGAGACCAGAGGAGCCUACAACACCUGCCAUGACAGAGCUCGUGGAACUCAACACCACAAUUUCCGAGAGGGCUUACAGUGCGUGCUGGGUCAUUACAAUCUGGUACAAGGUACUCGAGUGAACCUGCAAGCAAUGCGACAGGCAGCAGCUUCAGUGCAGAAGCCGGAUCUGAAGGCGGCUUUCAACACAUGCCCCCAAGCGGAGAACAACGUGCAGGUUGCUCGUGCAGUACAGUGCGUCAUCACCCACUUGGAGAGGACGUGUCCAGUUCCAGCCGCUGCAGGUCGCCAGUGAUUCUCAAUACAAUGAACCACACCAGAAUGUAUAUUAUACGUGGUAGGAUUGUUUAAGAUUCAUCAAGUAUGCAUUAUGUACAUCUGUUUGCCACUGUGUACAACAUCAAUAAAACGCCUUGAAAGGAG